UGGCGAAAUGAAGGAGGAGGAGUUCUGUGUGCAGGAUUCCAUCACUCUUAGCAACAGCUUUGUCGUUACCAUGGCAACGCCGUUUAAUGUUCUCUGCUCCCGCCUCGUCCUCUCUCUCUCUCUCUCCCUCUCUCUCUCUCUCUCUCUCUCUCUCUCUCUCUCUCUCUCUCUCGUCUUCACUUCCUUCCUGCGUUGCCACGGCGAUUCUCCGGGACGAGGAGCCGCAUCGCUCAGCGCCAGUGUCGGAGCGCCGAAUCCAGCAGACAAUCCUUCAUUCUGACCUCUUCCGCCCGUCAACUUUCACUUCCUCGCCUCCUGCGUGGGAGCGCGACGAAGAUCAACGGCGUUCCCCGGUCGGCCGCCCCGCUGACGUCACGGCAAGUUGGAUGAACUCCCGUCUUCUCCCCACACCGACUGGCAUCCAUGUUGGCAGUCUGACAAUCGGCCGACAACCUCUCGCCUCCUCCUCCAUGCCGACAUGAACGCGGAGGAGUCAGCGCUGUCCCCCGAGGAGGAGGUAGAAGAGAUGAAACUUGAGGAAGCGGAGAGCCAGGAGGUGCGUCAGAGUGAGGAGGAGGAGGAGCAGGAGGACGGAGAGCAACACCUGGAGCUGGCGGUGCCGCCGAAUGUCGAGGCGGCGCAAGAGCAGGUGGAGAAACUGGCAGAAGAGCAACAAAUGAAGGAGAUGCUACAAGUGGAGGAGGAGGACCAGGAAGAAACGGAGGAAGUGCUACUAAUGGGAGCAAAGGAGGUGCAGGAGGAGGAACCAACUGAGGAGGAGCGUCUGGAAGAGCAAGAAACGGAGGAAGUGAUACUAGUGGGAGAGGAAGGGGUGCAGAAGGAGGAAGAGGUGGAAGAAAAGGAGGUGCAGAACGAGGAAGAGGUGGAAGAAAAGGAGGUACAGAAGGUGGAAAAUAAGGAGGUUGAGAAGGAGGAAGACGUGGAAGAAAAGGAGAUGCAGAAGGAGGAAGAGGUGGAAGAUAAGGAGUUGCAGAAGGAGGAAGAGGUGGAAGAUAAGGAGGUGCAGAAGGAGGAAGAGUUGGAAGAAAAGGAGGCGCAGGAGGAGGAAGAGGUGGAAGAAAGGGAGGCGCAGGAGGAGGAAGAGUUGGAAGAAAGGGAAGUGCAGAAGGCGGAAGAGGUGGAAGAAAAGGAGGUGCAGAAGGAGGAAGAGGUGGAAGAAAAGGAGAUGCAGGAGGAGGAAAAGGUGGAAGAAAAGGAGAUGCAGAAGGAGGAAGAGGGGGAAGAAAAGGAGGUGCAGGAGGAGGAUAAGGGGGAAGAAAAGGAGGUGCAGGAGGAGGAAAAGGUGGAAGAAAAGGAGGUGCAGAAGGAGGACGAGGUGGAAGACAAUGAGGUGCAGGAGGAGGAAGAGGUGGAAGAAAAGGAGAUGCAGAAGGAGGGGGAGUUGGAAGAAAAGGAGGUGCAGGAGGAGGAAGAGUUGGAAGAAAAGAAGGUGCAGGAGGAAGAAGAGGUGGGAGAAAAGGAGAUGCAGAAGGAGGGAGAGUUGGAAGAAAAGGAGAUGACAGAGGAGGAAGAGGUGGAAGAAAAGGAUGUGCAGGAGGAGGAAGAGGUGGAUCCAACUGAGGAGGUGCAGAAGGAGGAAGAGCAAGAAAUGGAAGAGGUGCAAAGACACAAUGAGGUGAUAAUAGUGGGAGAGGAGGAGGUGCCGGAGGAGGAAGAGUUGGAAGAAAAAGAGGUGCAGGACGAAGAGGAGAAUCCAACUGAGGAGGUGCAUCUAAAUGGCCAGCGGGGGGAGAAAGAGGAGGUGCUCCAGCUUGAAGCAGAGGAGGAAGUGCAAGAAAUGGAGGAGGUACUAAAUAAGGAAAAGGAGGUGAAGCAGGUGGAGGAGGUGCAGCAAGGAGAAGAGCAACAAAUGAAGGAGGUGCUUCAGGAGGAGAAAGAAGAGGAACAGAAGGAAGAGAAAGAGGAGGUGUAUAAGGUGGAGGAACAACACAUGGACCAGGCUCUGCUGAAAAUGCAGCAGGUGAACGCAAAGGAGGCGCAACAUGGCUGGGACGAGGAGCAGGAGGAGAUGCAGGACUUUGUGGAUCUUUUGGAUCAGACCCACAACAGUCAAGUUCUGAAUCGUCUUAGAGGAAUGCAGAAAUAUAAACACACAUCACAGAGACUCAAAGUGGUUCUGGACCAGAUGGACCAUGGCGUGGUGGACCUGCAGGAGCUGCGUCGCAACCUGCAGUUGGCGGCCUCCAUGUUGGACGCCGUCUACACGGACGAGACCAAGCGUCUCCUGGACCCCGAGGACGAGCUCAGCGACCUGCAGGCCGAGUCGGUGCCGAGUGAGGUGCGCGAUUGGCUGGCGUGCACCUUCAGCCGGAAGAUGGGCGUGGCCAAGCGUCGCCCGGAAGAAAAACCCCGAUUCCGCAGCAUCGUCCACGCCGUGCAGGCCGGGAUCUUUGUUGAGAGGAUGUACAGACGGACCUCCAACAUGGCCGGACUCUCGUACCCGCCCACGGCUCUGACAGCUCUCAAGGACGUGGAUCGGUGGUCCUUUGACGUGUUCCUUCUGCACGAAGCCACCGGAGACCACGCCCUCAAGUUCCUGGUCUACGAGCUGCUGACCCGCUAUGACCUCAUCAACAGGUUCAGGAUCCCUGUCCCGGCUCUGGUGCAGUUCGUUGAGGCUCUGGAGAACGGCUACAGCAAACACAAGAACCCGUACCACAACCUGGUCCACGCCGCUGACGUCACCCAGACGGCACACUUCCUGAUGCUGCACACCGGACUCAUGCACUGGCUCAGUGAGUUGGAGAUCCUGGCGAUGGUGUUUGCGGCUGCCAUUCACGACUUCGAGCACACGGGAACAACCAACAACUUCCACAUCCACACCAGGUCGGAGGUGGCAAUCUUCUACAACGACAGGUCGGUGCUGGAGAACCACCAUGUGAGUGCUGCCUACAGGCUGAUGGCGGAGGAGGACACCAACAUCCUGGUCAACCUCAACAAGGAAGACUGGAGGGAGCUGAGGGCGCUGGUCAUCGAGAUGGUGAUGUCCACGGACAUGUCGUGUCACUUCCAGCAGAUUAAGACAAUGAGGAACACCCUGACACAAUCACACGGUUUGGACAAGGUGAAGGUUUUGUCUCUGAUGCUUCACGCCGCCGACAUCAGUCAUCCCGCCAAAGCGUGGCCGCUGCACUUCCGCUGGACACACAGCCUGAUGGAGGAGUUCUUCAGACAGGGAGACAAAGAAGUGGAGCUCGGACUUCCUUUUUCUCCUCUCUGUGACCGCAAGGCAACCGUAAUCGCACAAUCACAGAUUGGUUUCAUCGACUUCAUCGUGGAGCCCACAUUCAGUGUUCUGGUGGACAUGACGGAGAAGGUGAUCGCUCCUCUGAUCGACGAGGACAGGAAGGGUCGGGAGACCGGAAACAGGCGGUCCAGCCUCACAGGAAGUGGCUCCGUCACCGUGGAGUCCGUCCAACGACACAACAGCGGUCACCAUGGCAGCCGCGACGACGGACAGUUGGACUUCUCGUUGACCGCCAUUGACUUGCCGGCGCUGAGGACGCACCUGUCCGCCGUCAUUGCCGGCAACAAGGAGCGGUGGAAGGAGCUCUCGGUGGACGAGUUGGCCAAUAAGGAGCGAGAGAAAGCGGAGUCUAGGAAGGACCUGCCGCAGGGCCCGGCGGACCUCGAACCCGCAGACCACUCCACGUGGAACGGGGCGGGGCCGAAAGAGGAGCAGGAAGACGACAAAGUGCCUGAAAUCGCCUGACGCCCACUGCGAAGCGUUUGAGAGGGAUGCCGUCGCCAUGGCGACCGACGGCGCAGCGGCCUGGAAGCCUCCAGAACUUUUGUUUACUAGCGACCGCGAAGGCACCACGCGCUUCCUGGCAGCUUCAUGGGCCAAACAUAGAGGGGCGGAGCCUUGGAGCUGACAGGAAGUACCCGUUAGAGCGCCGAAGAACGAACCCAGACGCUUCUAGCCUUCACGUCCCAGCAUGCAUCAGUGCUGCGGACCACCGCUCUCCUCACGUGGCUUCUGGUGUUUUUACGCUCAUCGUCGUCAAUAAAGAUCCACCGUCGCCACGGCAACGCCUGGUGGUGUGACGCGUGCAGUAGGUAUUGUGUCGCUUCUGUAAACGUGCAUUAAACGUUCUCCACUUGUCUCAGUCACGUCUCCCGCAGGUCACUCUCAGAGGUCAAAGGUCACUUCAUUAGGUACACAGCCCAUGCCUUUGCAAAGACAACGUUGACUUGACACGCUCGCAGUUGUGUUCACUGAGCAGCCUGCAAAUCAGGUUACUGCCGCCAGAGGGCGCCAGAGGAGCACGUGUAAAUCAAUGUCACAUGUCAUGGCUAACUGUGUUGUUGUUGUUGUGUACUCAGUACAACCUUCUUCACGGCCAUCCUCUUAAAUCAUCAUCGUGUUGUCCCUGUAGGACAAACUCCCCAAAGUGUCUCACACGCAACCAGAAUUUUCAGCAGAGUAUCGUCUUGGCAGAAAGAUGGCCAGUGAUUUGUGUGCGUUCAAGAAAAGACGAGGACAAGCAGAAUACUGAGAACAUUAGGACUGAAUUAGAGAGCAGCACAAGAACAUGGUCAGGUGAGUGGUCCAACCCUGUCGCUGUCGAUGCAGUGCAGAAGCCCAUUGACAGAACGGCCUGUUUAAGAAAUGUCAGAAUGAGGAUCCUAGCAGGCGCAAGGCAUUGAUAGAACAUUGAUUAUACGUACACGCCCUUUAAAACUGACUUUGAAACAUUGUUGCAAAAUAUUAUUUUUUUUAUUACAUUUGUAAAUUGAGACAACGUUGAUGUCUAAAGUUGGAUCCACGUUGUUGGGAAAUGACCAAAUUUCAAUGGUCUAAUCAACGUCACAACGUUGACAUUGAUUAAACGUUGUCAAAAGGCAUGUUUCAACGUUGUAUUUGUGUUGUUGAAUAUUGGUUGGGAAAUGACCAAAUUUCAAUGGUCAAAUCAAUGUCACAACCUGACAUUGAUUAAAUGUCGUCAAAAAGCAUGUUGUUUCAACGUUGUUUUUGUGUUGUAGAAUAUUGGUUUGGGGCAGCACGGAGGAACAGGGGUUAGUGUGUGUGCCUCACAAUACGAAUGUCCUGGGUUCAAUCCUGGGCUCAGGAUCUUUCUGUGUGGAGUUAACAUGUUCUCCCCGUGACUGCGUGGGACCCUCCGGGUACUCCGGCUUCCUCCCACCUCCAAAGACAUGCACCUGGGGAUAGGUUGAUUGGCAACACUAAAUUGGCCCUAGUGUGUGAAUGUGAGUGUGAAAGCUGUCUGUCUUUCUGUCUUGGCCCUGCAAUGAGGUGGCGACUUGUCCAGGGUGUACCCCGCCUUCCGCCGAAUGCAGCUGAGAUAGGCUCCAGCACCCCUUGUGACCCCAAAUGGGACAAGCGGUAGAAAAUGGAUGGAUGGAUACUGGUUGGGAAUUGACCAAAAUUCAAUGAUCAAAUCAACAUCAGAAACCGACAUUGAAUAAACGUCAUCAAAAAGUAUUUAGUUUCAAUGUUGUAUUUGUGUUGUAGAAUAUUGGUUGGGAAAUGACCAAAUUUCAAUGGUCAAAUCAACGUCAGAACCCAACAUUGAUUAAACGUUGUCAAAAAGCAUGUUGUUUCAACGUAUUUGUGUUGUACAAUAUUGGUUAGGAAAUGACCAAAUUUCAAUGGUCAAAUCAACGUCACAACCUGACAUUGAUUAAACGUUGUCAAAAAGCAUGUUGUUUCAAAGUUGUAUUUGUGUUGUAGAAUAUUGGUUGGGAAACGACCAAAUUUCAAUGGUCAAAUCAACGUCAGAACCCAGCAUUGAUUAAACGUUGUCAAAAAGCAUGUUGUUUCAACGUAUUUGUGUUGUAAAAUAUUGGUUGCGAAAUGACCAAAAUUCAAUGAUCAAAUCAACGUCACAACCUGACAUUGAUUAAACGUUGUCAAAAAGCAUGUUUCAACGUUAUGUUUUGAGUUGUAAAAUAUUGGGUGUGAAAUGACCAAAUUUCAAUGGUCAAAUCAACGUCAGAACCCAACAUUGAUUAAACGUUGUUAAAAAGCAUGUUGUUUCAACGUAUUUGUGUUGUAGAAUAUUGGUUAGGAAAUGACCAAAUUUCAAUGGUCAAAUCAACGUCACAACCUGACAUUGAAUAAAUGUUGUCAAAAAGCAUGUUGUUUCAACGUAUUUGUGUUGUAAAAUAUUGGUUGGGAAAUGACCAAAAUUCAAUGAUCAAAUCAACGUCACAACUUGACAUUGAUUAAACGUUGUCAAAAAGCAUGUUGUUUUAACGUUAUGUUUUGAGUUUUAAAAUAUUGGGUGUGAAAUGACCAAAUUUCAAUGGUCAAAUCAACGUCAGAACCCAACAUUGAUUAAACGUUGUCAAAAAGCAUGUUGUUUCAACGUAUUUGUGUUGUAGAAUAUUGGUUAGGAAAUGACCAAAUUUCAAUGGUCAAAUCAACGUCCCAACCCGACAUCGAAUAAACGUUGUCAAAAAGCAUGUUGUUUCAACGUUGUAUUUGUGUUGUAGAAUAUUGGUUGGGAAACGACCAAAUUUCAAUGGUCAAAUCAACGUCAGCACCCAACAUUGAUUAAACGUCGUCAAAAAUCAUGUUGUUUCAACGUAUUUGUGUAGUAGAAUAUUGGUUGGGAAAUGAUCAAAUUUCAAUAGUCAAAUCAACGUCACAACCUCACAUCGACUAAACGUCGUCAAAAAGCAUGUUGUUUCAAUGUUAUGUUUGAGUUGCUCAACGUCAGGAACUAAUUCAACAAGUUGUCAGCGUUGUUUCAAUGUCUUGUGGCUGCUGGGAGAGCCCGUGUUUUAUCAAAAACCGAAGCAGAGCAAAAAGUGUGAACAUUAAGAAAAAGAUUUCAAAAAGUGGACGGAACUUGUCACGGCUGAUUUGUGACACCUCAUCCUCACUGACGUGCUUUGUGUUCCAUUCACUGUGCAGAAGU